UUGGUUUUCGCCAUGACGGACCUCCAGCCACGGCUCCCGCCCGAACUCGAACGACAAAUAUUCGCGAUGGCGGCGGCUCUUUAUCCAUCGAUAACUGUCCCGCUGCUCCUGGUUGCCCGCCGUGUGCUGAUUUGGAUUGAGCCCACGUUAUAUGCUUCCCCGAUACUGGAGGAGAAGUCUCACCUGGAUGCCUUUUUGCGCAUAGUCGCGCGCAAUCCUGAAAUGGCGCGCGGUACUGUGCGACAAGUCAUUCUCCCUUGUACUCCGGGAACAACGGCGGCUCAGGAUGCCCUUCGAACCGCGCUGAGUGCUUGUAAAAGACUCGAUAGACUGGCCGUCGGCUCCUGUAUAUGGUCUGCCGCGCUUCUAGCCGACCUUUCCGCCGCUGGCAUCCGCCUCACGCGCUUUGCCGGCCACGUCACCGGCCACGUCACCGGCCACGGCACCGCUGGCGCUGCGCCCUUCUCGAGCUUACGGCUCCUGUUCGGCGCGGUGACACAUCUCGAAGUAUUUGACGAGCUGCGCGAUGCGACUCCGCUGCUCACUGCUCUCCCCUGUCUCACGCACAUCGCUAUAAGCAUGCCCUCAAUCGACGGCCAACGGGCAGUAAACGACAUAAUGCGAUCGCUGCCGCAUCUGCAGGUGUUUUGCAUCGUAUGGAGCAUCAACAGGUGGUCCACGCGUCGCAAAUCCACGUCCCAGUUCGUAUUCACAGACGCGCGGGUCGUUAUGUGUCUCUAUGAAGAGUGGUUCGAUGCAAUCGUGGACGGGCCCAGCUAUUGGGAGCUCGCGGAAGGUCAUGUUGCCAAAAAGGUCCGGCGCGAGAUUCCGGAUGAUGAAUCCUGGGCGAGCGUUGAAUAG